AGGCACAAAUUUUCCUUUGUGAUCGGGUCGGUCUUAUUUCCGUUGAGUUUUAUCAUGUUGCCGAGAAAUUUUUUCGCGUUGUUCCUUCUCGGGUGCGUGACUCUGGUAUGUACCGAAGACGCCGAAGGGGAAUUGAAGAUAGAAGUCUUGUUCAAGCCAGAAACAUGUGAGAAGAAAUCUGAAUCCGGUGCGAUGCUCACGAUGCAUUACACGGGGACCUUGUUAGACGGGAAGAAAUUCGAUUCGAGUGUGGAUCGGAAUCAGCCGUUUUCUUUCCAACUUGGAGUUGGGCAUGUGAUCAAGGGCUGGGAUGAGGGUCUUACCGAUAUGUGCGUUGGGGAGAAGAGAAAGCUGACCAUUCCGCCGCAUUUGGGAUAUGGUGAUGCUGGUGCCGGUGAUAUCAUUCCCCCAGGUUCCACCUUGGUCUUCGAAACUGAGCUGAUCGAUGUUGGAGAUGCACCUCCAGCUGUGAAUGUUUUCAAAGACAUCGAUUCAGAUCAGAAUAAUUUGUUAUCCCGAGAGGAGGUUGUCGAAUACAUCAAGAAACAAAUGCCAGAAGGAGAAGCAAUAGACCAAGAUCCGGACAAGAUAACGGAAGAAAUUUUCCAGCAUGAAGACAAGGACCGCGACGGAUUCAUCAGCCACGAUGAAUUUUCGGGGCCAAAACAUGACGAGCUUUGAAGAAUGGCUCGAUAGUAGCCUUCCAAAAUGUCAGAAAUCUCGUGGAUUGUUAAUAAUUUCAAUCAUUUACCAAUUAUCUGCCUCGGAUAAACGCGUGAAAGCAGAAUAUUAUUUUCGGAAUCAGGAGAAUGCCGAUUCUUUGUCGAAAUGAAUCGAGCGGCUAGGUUAUUUUUCUGUGAGUGACGUCUUCUUCGUUUUGCUGCAUUUGUUGUUGGGAUUUUCGAAAACAUUAUUUUUGGACUGUUGGGGUUUGGGAAACGCGUUUCAACGAGCGGAUUUUGUUGCGCAUGGUUGGUUGUAACGAGGCAAUGGAAUGCCGGUGCUCCAGAACAGUUUUCAUGAGACAUAAACUUGUUCUUGAGAUCUCGA